UUCGAGUCCAAAUUGGUUUCCACGGAUAUCAUUUAUGAUUAGUAGAAUAUGGAAUUGGGUUUUUUACUCGAUUUGAUGUAAUGUGUUUUUGGAGGGAUUUACGGAGCUGGGAAAGUUUAGGGUUUUCUUUUCAGCGUUGCGUGCAAGGAGGUUGCUACCUCUGGGUCAGAGGACCGGAUCCUACUCGGGUGGCGGGUACGGUUUAGUUCUUUCAUGGGUGUUGCCAUCACGGUAGCAUUGCCAAAAUAUGGAAGGAAACCCGAUUUCUUACCUAAGAAACUUGUCAAAGGCUGGGAGUUUUGUACCUUGUGCCAGUUUCGUCAUCCGGCUCGGUCUUUCUUGGUCAGGCAUCACAGGAGGAUGUCAUGGAGAAUAAAGAGCUCGGUGGAUGACAAUGGAUUUAGCCCAUCAUCCUCUACCUCUAGCAAUAGCUCUGGAGGACCACGGUUAAUCAAAGCCAUACUAGAUCUCCGCUCAAAAAUAACGGUGAAAAUUCAGGAGACAAAGAAGGAUCUUCCCAUGAAAGUGUUCUUCCUCUUGGUGGGUUUCUACUCUGCAACUGCAUUCUCUACGGUUAUAGGACAAACAGGAGACUGGGACGUGCUUUCUGCUGCACUGGCUGUGCUUGUAGUUGAAGGCAUUGGAGCUCUAAUGUACAAAGCAUCCAUCCCAUUGAUCAACAAGAUCCGGAGCUUGAUCACCAUUUUUAACUAUUGGAAGACCGGACUCGCCCUUGGACUUUUCCUCGACUCGUUCAAGUAUGAAGCAGGUUUUAGCUUGUAUCGUUGGACAUAUGAAAGGCAGCAACUUUCAGAAAACCCGGCUCAAGAAUGGUGAUCAGACAAGAAGCCAUGGCCGUAGAACAACACUGCAAUAUGAAGGAUGAUCAGACUAGGAGCAGAGAGUGGUAUGAACUAUGAAAGUGCUUUCAGAACAUCAGAUGAUCUCCUUGCAUUUGUCCCAAUGAGAGAUGACUGGUCAAGCUCUUGAUUUUGGAGUUUUUGAUUGUCCUUUAGUCUCAGUGAUUAGAUAUAGUGAUAUAGAAAUAGAAUAUUGCUAGGGUGUCAAUUUUGGUUCGAAGUCCACCGAGUUCCGUAGUGUCGGACUUCGGACUUGUUCUAUAGAUUCGAAAAAUUCGGACCGACCCAAGUCCGAAAAACUCCUAGGUUGAAUGUGGGUUCGGGCUGAGCCGCUCAUUUGAUAUCACUAAA